AUGAAGCCAACAUACGGCUACCAGAUUGCGGCUGCAGCACUCAGCCUCUCAACUACAGUGUCUGGAUGGAUGUUCGCCGCCUCCGCCGAUGACCACUGCCAAAGCAUCCACAGUAUAGUCAACGUCACUGACGGGCGAUGCAUUGGGAACUUGACACCGUUCAAGUCUAUCUGGCCAUUGGAAACCUACCCUGAUUCGGCAGCACAAGGAGCUUUUGCGGAGCGUGCGACUGGGAAGGUGUGUGCGAUGUGUUCUGGCUUGAUGGAAGACAGUCGAGUGGUACGCAAGGGAAGUGGGAACCUGUAA